GCGGAGAGGUGCUGGAUGGAGGAGAUCCUCUGCUCCGUCUUUAGUUCAGUCUGGAGGCUGAGACCGAAAGUGGAGGAUGUGAGACCGACCGCUUCGGCUUCAGCUGGCUGCGUCCCCCCCUACAUUUCUCUAUGGAUAACUAACGCCGCUGACAACCAGGGCAGGGCAGCGCUCAGCUUUGAAGAUUCAACUCCACCAGCUGUCGUUCUGUAUUGGCGGCACGCUGUGAGAAAAGACUCCUCUCCGCUGUGCCUCAGCGCUCCUCAGACACUUGCCCUUGACAGCCAAAUGCUGCACGUCGAUUGUCAUGCCACCAGCCUUCUGUGAAAUAUGACAGCGGCUGCUUCAUUGACUCAGGAAAGAGGCUCCUCCUCCGCUCGCUGUGGAGCAGAUCACAUGAUGUAAUGAAGAAGGGUCCCAUAAGUUUGCUCUUCAAGGAGUCUGCCAGCAGGAUAUGAGUAUUUUGAGCCCUUUGACAGAUAACAAAUCAAACCUUGUGGGAAUUGUGGGAGGCCCAGAAGAAUACCCCAGAGCCAUGCAGUCGGAGGAGCUGUUCAGCAGGAAACUCAAAGCCUUGAAUGGCAGCAUGGGACCACCGGCCUCCAGCAUGCAGGGGAAGCCUGAUGGUGCAGGAAAAACAAACGGUACUCCAGCCAUGCCCAAAAUGGGUGUCAGAGCCAGGGUGACAGAAUGGCCGCCGCGGAAAGAUGGAUGGGACGGGCGGCCUUCACCGAACUAUCAGAGUGUGAUCCCAGUGUUUCAGAAUGGCCAGCAGGAACAUACUGUGGAAAUACUGGAGCAAGGCGAGGCGGUCUGCCUGGAGGUGGACUACACAGACAAAUACACACUGAGUGACCUUCUCAGCCACUCGCCGCUGAAGGGUCUCCACCCCAUCCGGCAACGCAGCAACAGCGAUGUAACCAUAAGUGACAUCGACUCCGAGGACAUAGUGGACCAGAACGCCGUCAACCCAAACACUGGAGCCUCGCUGCACCGCGAAUACGGCAGCACGUCCUCCAUUGACCGCCAGGGCCUGAGCGGGGACGGCUUCUUCACCAUGCUGAGGGGCUAUCGCGUGGACACCCUGGACCACCGUAGCAUACCACCUCUGGGUUUCCCAGAGUUGUUGCGCUGUGAUGCGUCCCUCUCCCCGAGCCUACAGACUGCUGCACAAAUCGCCAGGGGUGAGAUCGUGCACAUUCCAGGUUACGAUUACAUCGACAACUCCCUCCUGUACAGCCGGGAAAGGGAGAAGUCUUUCAUGAGACGUCUCAAAUCGGAGUCGUCUGAAACCUCACUUUUCAGGAAACUGCGGACCAUUAAGAGCGAGAGCGAUGCCUUGCGGCUUUCAUUAGAGGACGAUCGGCGUCCGCUAAGCUUUCAGAAGUGCUUCGCUCAUUACGAUGUCCAGAGUGUACUUUUCAACAUUAGUGAAGCGGUGGCGAGCCGAGCUAACCUGAGCCAGAGGAAGAACACGACUACUGGGGCUUCAGCCGCGUCGGCUGGAGCAGGGCCCGGAGCAGGUGGCGUCUCCGGAGUAGGAGUGUUACCUGGGCCCGGACCUGGAGCAGAAGGUGGAGCAGUAGGAUGUAGCAGUGGAAAUCCCCCCAUGUUUGAGUCUCCGCUGGGCAGCAGGGAGGACUUGAACCCCAAGGAAAACCUGGAUGCAGACGAAGGGGACGGAAAGAGCAACAGCCUCGUGCUGAGCUGUCCUCACUUCCGCAAUGAGAUCGGUGGAGAGGGCGAGAGGAAGAUCUCCCUCUCCAGAGCCAACAGUGCCAACUACAGUGGUUUGUCAGAGAGCUGCUCUUUCGAGUCCUCUCUAAGUUCACACUGCACCAACGCAGGAGUCUCUGUACUGGAGGUGCCACGGGAAAACCAGCCAAUCCACAGAGAGAAGGUCAAACGCUACAUUAUUGAGCACAUUGACCUUGGUGCUUACUACUACCACAAAUACUUCUACGGGAGAGAGCAUCAGAAUUAUUUUGGGUUUGAUGACAGUCUGGGACCAGUGGCAGUGAGUGUCCGCAGGGAGCGGCUGGACGAUGGAAAGGAGAAGGAAGGAAUGCAGUACAACUAUCGGGUCACCUUCAGAACCAGCCAGCUGACCACCCUCCGUGGAGCCAUACUGGAGGACGCAAUCCCGUCCACGGCAAGGCACGGGACGGCCCGCGGCCUCCCGCUCAAAGAAGUGCUGGAGUAUGUCAUCCCCGAGCUCAAUAUCCAGUGUCUGAGACUUGCCCUCAACUCCCCCAAGGUCCCCGAGCAGCUCCUCAAGCUUGAUGAACAAGGGCUAAGCUUCCAGCAUAAGGUGGGGGUGCUUUACUGCAAGGCGGGCCAGAGCACGGAGGAGGAGAUGUACAACAAUGAGAGUGCCGGGCCUGCGCUGGAGGAGUUCCUGGACCUGCUGGGCCAGAGAGUGCGCCUCAAAGGCUUCACCAAGUACAGAGCGCAGCUGGACAACAAGACUGACUCCACAGGCACACACUCUCUCUACACAACCUAUAAAGACUACGAGCUCAUGUUCCAUGUGUCCACGAUGCUCCCCUACACGCCCAACAACCGACAGCAGUUAUUACGGAAGAGGCACAUCGGGAACGAUAUCGUCACCAUAGUAUUCCAGGAGCCCGGGGCCCUUCCUUUCACUCCAAAAAACAUCCGCUCCCAUUUUCAACAUGUGUUUGUCAUCGUCAAAGUCCACAACCCGUGCACCGAUAACGUUUGCUACAGUGUGGCGGUGUCCAGAUCGAAAGAUGUGCCUCCCUUUGGCCCUCCUAUUCCCAAGUCCGUCACUUUCCCAAAGUCUGCAGUUUUCAGGGACUUCCUGCUCGCUAAGGUCAUCAACGGAGAAAACGCCGCUCACAAGUCGGAGAAGUUCCGAGCCAUGGCGACGCGUACGCGGCAGGAAUACCUGAAGGACUUAGCUGAGAACUUUGUUAGUACCGCCACUAUAGACUCGGCCGUCAAAUUCAGCUUCAUCACCCUCGGGGCAAAGAAGAAGGAAAAAGUGAAGCCCAGGAAGGAUGCGCAUCUGUUCAGCGUGGGAGCCAUCACCUGGAGCGUCCGCGCCCGGGACUUUGGGCAGUCGGCGGACGUGGACUGCUUGCUGGGCAUAUCCAACGAGUUCAUUGUGCUCAUCGAGGAGGAAUCGAAGAACGUGGUCUUCAACUGCUCGUGUCGCGACGUCAUCGGCUGGACCGCAGGGAUUAUGAGCAUCAAGAUCUUCUACGAGCGCGGGGAGUGCAUUAUGCUGUCUGCCCACGAUAACUGUGGAGAGGACAUCCGAGAGAUGGUGCAGAGACUGGAGAUCACCACCAGAGGCUGCGAGACAUCAGAGAUGACUUUACGUCGGAACAGCCUCGGCCAGCUCGGCUUCCACGUCAACUUCGAGGGCAUCGUGGCCGACGUGGAGCCCUUCGGCUUCGCGUGGAAAGCGGGGCUGAGGCAGGGCAGCCGGCUGGUGGAGAUCUGCAAGGUGGCCGUGGCCACUCUCACACACGAACAGAUGAUCGACCUGCUGCGCACAUCCGUCACUGUCAAGGUCGUCAUCAUCCAACCUCAUGAAGACGGCACACCCCGGAGGGGCUGCUCUGAGCUCUACCGCAUCCCAAUGGUGGAGUACAAGGUGGACAGCGAGGGCACACCCUGUGAAUACAAGACUCCCUUCAGGAGAAACACCACAUGGCAUCGAGUCCCCACAGCUGCCGGCACCCCCCUGUCCCGGGGCUCGCCCACUCAGGGCCCGGACCGCCUGCAGUGUCAGCAGAUCCUCCAGCAGCACCAGGCAGCUAUUCCCAGAAGCACCUCCUUUGAUAGGAAGCUGCCAGAUGGGUCCAGGACGAUGCAGGAUAUGGAGAAUCCCCAGGUCAGCUCAUGUAACAAGGGGGACCAGCACUACCGCAGCUCUCCCAGUAACCAGUCGUCCUCCAGCGAUCCCGGGCCCUGCGGCAGCGGCACCUGGUCCCAGCAGCCUGGAUAUGACGGUUGUCCGUCUCCUAUUCUCCAUGAGCGGGUGGGGGACAUGCAGGGAGGAGACGGAGAGAUCCACCGGGAGAGAGAGCCCACGCUGGAGAGGACCCGGUCUGCUGAGGCCAAAUGGCACAUCCCCUCCACCAAGAUCCUGAACCCUCUGAAGCAACGGGAAGGAGGAAAAGACUCGCCUAACAAGCUGUCUAGGACGGGUGAUAAAAACUCAAGCCACUCAAGUAGCAACACUCUUUCAAGCAACGCCUCCAGCAACAGCGACGAUAAGCACUUUGGCUCUGGAGACUUGAUGGACCCGGAGAUGCUGGGCCUCACGUACAUCAAAGGGGCGUCCACAGACAGCGGCAUAGACACUAAUCCCUGCGUGGCUCCAGGGGCCCGGGUGCUUCUGCAGGGCAGGGCGGGGGAGCAGGGACACCCGUGGGUGUCGGAGCACCAUGAGGAUGGUGCAUCCGAGGAGGAUCAUGGGAAACUGUACAUACCACAAGGAUAUGCUUCUGCCAUUAUGUCCAGUCAUGUGACAGAGGGCAGCAUCGGAGACCUGAGUGAGAUCUCGUCACACUCCAGUGGCUCACAUCACUCUGGCAGUCCCCUGGCCCGCGGUGCCAGGUACUGUAUGUCAGCUGACUCCUCCAAGGUGUACACCAUCCCUCAGACCAGCAGCUCGGGGCCGGGUCCGGAGCCGGAACCCGAGCCUGGGCCCAGCUCAGAGGCCUGCGGACAGACACGCACACAGUCCAGUUGCAAACUCCCAAUGGGCACGAAGACGGCUGAUGAUGAUGAUGGUGAUGAUGAUGGUGAUGAUGAUGCCCAAAGCACUGAGGGACCUCCUAGCAUUUCAGAGUGUGGCGGAGCGGAGAGCUUGUUAGCCUUUCUUCUCAAAAUCCUGUCUGAGCGUUCAAGGCAGCUGUACGCACAUGAGGCUGCCUGCAGGCUUCAGGCUGCUGAGCGGGACGGGAAAUCGCUGCCGAGACUUUCCAAAGAAGAAUACGUUAAAAUGAUGCUGCCUGACAGCCCGCUGGGAGAAGACAGGAAUCGGAAGGUGUCGGCGGUGGGCAGUCUGUCGCCGAGACGCUCCCUCUAUCGAACCCUGUCCGACGAGAGCGUGUGCAGUAACCGCAAAGGCUCGUCGUACGCCAGCUCGCACAGCUCCAUGCUGGACCAAGCCAUGCCCAACGACAUCCUGUUCAGCACCACUCCACCUUACCACAGCACGCUGCCUCCUCGCAUGGUCCACAAUCAGGGCGCGUCCAACCUGCGGAAUGAGUUUUGGUUCUCUGACGGUUCCUUGGCGGACAGGUCCAAGUUCAGCGACCCGGGCCUCAUGCCCCUCCCAGACACUGCCUCGGGCCUGGACUGGUGUCACCUGGUCGAUGCGGCACGAGCGUUCGAAGACCAGCGCGUGGCGUCCUUCUGCACCAUGACGGACAUGCAGCGCGCCGAGGCUCUGCAGAUCUCCAGGGAGCUGACCAGACGAGUGGCGGAGGCGGAAGGAGCGGCGCUGGGAGCAGACAGCUCCCCUUCCACCCUGACUGGGAAGGUCAACCAGUUGGAGGUGAUCCUCCGGCAGCUGCAGCAGGACCUCAGAAAGGAGAAAGAGGAUAAGGCCAUGUUGCAAGAGGAGGUGCAACACCUGAGGCAGGACAACAUGCGUCUGCAGGAGGAGAGCCAGACGGCGGCGGCUCAGCUCAGGAAGUUCACAGAGUGGUUCUUUCACACUAUUGACAAGAAACCCUGAGAGAGGAAGAGAGAGACCCGGAAAGAGAGCGAGAGAGAGAGAGCGAGAGAAGGCCUUCAGUCCUCCUGGGCACGCACUCAACUCCUACUUAAGACUCCCAGAUGAUUCGCAGGCAAACAAGCUAUAAAACAAACCAUUACCAGACCCCGGGAGUAAUCAAGACUUCUAAAAAUAAAUAGUUUUUUUUUUUUUUGUUUAGUUUUUUGUUUUAUUUUCAAAACCUCGUACUUUGAGACUGUCCUGCCCUGUGUGAGAGACUUGAAACCCUGAUCUGGGCCUUGAAGUUUGGGGAUCCUCCUGUGAAGUGCAGGCCUGUGUUUUGACGUUAACCGUCGCUCUAUGUUGGCAAAUGAGACUCUAGGGAAACCUGCUCAUCUCCGGCGCUGGAGAGGAAUUGAGAAAGGCCGCCGCCCCCUCCCGUCACUCCGGACCCAAAGAAUGGGGGGUGGGGGGGACGGACGGACAGACGGACGGCCCCGCCCGUCUCCCGGGGAUCUUCUUACAGUAGUGGAAUGUAAAGCUCAUUUACUGUAGUCAACAUAUAAUCUACCUACGUAUGUCGCGUCAGUCUACUGUACUGUAUACUCAGCUGUACUGUAUCAUACUGCACACACUGUCACACAGCUGUUUCUGCACCGGCCUUCACACACACGGGAGAGCAGGGAGGUGGGGGGAAGAGGGCAGGAGGGGAGGAAUGUACUGGACAUAAUGAAGUGGUACUUACUGUCUGCUUGCACCAAGAGGAAUCCACAUGUGGCCGGAGGGGGUUGAAAUGAAUGUAGCUCAACUGAGACCCCCUUUUUCUAGGGUUUUUUUUUUCUCUCUCUCUCUCUCUUUCUCUCAAGUUCUGGUUCCCAAAGUCACAAAAGUGUUUUUUUUUUGUUUUGUUUUGUUUUGUUAUGCUUCUUUUGAAUUGAUUCCAUUUCUUUUUUUUCCUCCGUGUCGUGUCGUUGGGUCACAUGGCAGUGAAUUUGAUGUCUGAAGGUGCUUUUCCUUACACACAUUCGUCGGUAGUUUCCAUUCACUGUCCCCAUGUCCUAGCAAUAACAACGUGGUAGUUACAAAACUGUGUUUUUUAAAAAAAAAAAUAGGAGAAAAAAAAAAUGAUAAAGACGUUAGCACAAACGUGAAGAGUUCCUGUGGAGACGCAGUGGUAUUUGACAUGUAUUUAUAUAACAGGAAGAGACUGUGCCUAAAACUCAUGGUUGUAAAUGGAUUGUUUCUUUUUGCUUUUACUUCUCUUUUAUAAACACAUGCCUUGUCUGUGGCUCACUGAUAUAAAAUCAUGUGUGAAUGAGUGCGUGUGUGUGUGUUUGUGUGUGCGUGCGCGCGUGUGUGUGUAGUUUAUCACAGCGAAACGAGUUCUUAUGCAGUGGUUUCUAGAGCAUUAGAGCAAGCGCCAGUGAACCACACUUACAAUGCCAAAUGUGUUUAUUUCUGUACAUAUCCGCCACAGAAGUGUCUUGUAUUUAACACUAUUAUUUAAGCUUAUUUAACCUAAAGUUGUUUAUUUUAUUAAGGGUAUUUGUUUUUGUUUUGUUUUUGUUUUGUUUCUGCACUAAGGAGAGAUAAAGCUCUGUGUAUGUUGUAAAGUGUGUAGCUUGCCAGGGCAAAAAACACUAUAUAUUUAAAUAUAUAAAUGAUGACUUUGGAGAUUCCAACAUUUGGAUGCUGCUAGAUUAACAGUUUGCUGGUUUGUAAUGCUUUUAAAAAAUGUCUCUCUCCGUAAGCAGUCUCAUCCCUGGUGGGACGUUGGUCGCUUUUUGUUUUUUGUUUUUUUAAUAAAUGUAGUUGUAAAAAU